GUCGGGUAGAAGGGGCGCGAGCCGUUAGGCGGCGGUUGCGGGUUGGGUUGUGCGCGCCAUGAAGGAGACGUGCGGUACUUCUAGGCGGCAAAACCAGCCUCAAAGGCAUUAUGGAAUUACAUCUCCGAUUAGCUUGGCUCCUCCUAAAGAUAUCGAUUUCAUUCAUACUCAGAAGUUGAUUGAAGCAAUGAAGCCUUUUGGAGUGUUCGAAGAUGAGGAAGAACUAAAUCACAGGGUGGUGGUUCUUGGCAAACUGAAUAACUUGGUCAAGGAAUGGAUUUCAGAACUUGGUGUGAGCAAGAAUCUUCCUCCUUCGGCAAUAGAAAACGUGGGUGGCAAAAUACUUACAUUUGGUUCAUACAGGCUUGGAGUACACACUAAAGGUGCCGAUAUAGAUGCUGUUUGUGUCGCUCCUAGACAUGUGGAAAGAUCGGAUUUUUUUCAGUCAUUCUUUGAAAAACUAAAACAUCAGCAGGAAAUAAAAAAUCUAAGAGCAGUUGAAGAUGCAUAUGUACCAGUUGUCAAGUUUGAGUUUGAUGGCAUUGAGAUCGAUCUUGUGUUUGCAAGACUGUCUGUACAAACUGUGUCUGAUAAUCUUGAUCUUGGAGAUGACUCGCGCUUGAGAAGCCUGGAUAUAAGAUGUAUACGGAGCUUAAAUGGCUGCAGAGUUACCGAUGAAAUACUACAUCUAGUGCCAAAUAAAGAGAACUUCCGGCUCACACUCCGUGCAAUUAAACUGUGGGCAAAACGUCGUGGCAUUUACUCCAACAUGCUGGGAUUUCUUGGUGGUGUUUCCUGGGCAAUGCUGGUAGCGAGAACUUGUCAACUCUAUCCAAAUGCUUCGGCUUCUACUCUUGUUAACAAGUUCUUCUUGGUUUUUUCAAAAUGGUAA